AUGACAAGAGAGUAUCAAGAUCUUCAGCAUCUGGACGAGAAUGACCAUCAGGUCAGACGAGGGCCGCCUCCGCGCCGCCCGCUCCUGCAGCGGCUCUGCUCCGGACCCUGCCUCCUGCUGCUGGCCCUGGGCCUCAGCCUCCUGCUGCUGCUGGUCGUCUGUGUGAUCGGAUCCCAGAACUCCACGCUGAAGGAGGAGCUGCAGGCCCUGAGAGAGACGUUCAGCAACUUCACCGCGAGCACCGAGGCCGAGGUCAAGGACCUGCUGGUCCACGGAGGCGGAGUGGGCAGGAAGAUGAAGUCCUUGGAGUCCCAGCUGGAGAAACAGCAGCAGGACCUGAGCCAAGAUCACGCCAGCUUGCUGUUCCACGUGAAGACCUUCGUGUCUGACAUACGGAGCCUGAGCUGCCAGCUGGCCAUCCUCCAGGGCAACGGCUCCCAGAACUGCUGCCCUGUGAACUGGGUGGAGCACGAAGGCAACUGCUAUUGGUUCUCGCGCACGGCCAAGCCCUGGCCGGAGGCUGAGAAGUACUGCCAGCUGGAGGACGGGCACCUGGUGGUGGUGGGCUCCUGGCAGGAGCAGAGGUUUGUCCAGCACCACAUGGGCCCUGUGAACACCUGGAUGGGCCUCACCGACCAGGACGGGACCUGGAGAUGGGUGGACGGGACGGACUACGAGAAGGGCUUCAAGAACUGGAGGCCAGACCAGCCGGACGACUGGACCGGCCACGGGCUGGGGGGCGGCGAGGACUGCGCCCACCUCACCGACGACGGCCGCUGGAACGACGACGUCUGCAGGAGGCCCUACCGCUGGGUCUGCGAGACGGCGCUGGGCGGGCCCACCCCGCGGCCCCCGCCCCCCUAG